AUGAAGACUGCCAUUUUCACUGCCGUUGCUGGCUCGGUCCUUGUGGCUGCUGCCCCAGCUCCCGUCUCCCCUCGUGCCUCCAAGGUUCAAUAUGCCGGUGUCAACCUCGCCGGAUUCGACUUUGGCUGUCUCACAGACGGCUCUUGCGCCCUGACUGGAACGAACAAGCCUUAUAACAUUGUCGGCCAGGGUUCCGCGAUCGGACAGAUGCAACAUUUUGUCAAGGACGACUCUCUCAAUGCUUUCCGUCUACCCGUGGGAUGGCAAUUCCUGUUGAACAACCAGCUUGGUGGCACAUUAUACGCUCCCAACUUCCAGCAAUACGACAGUCUUGUACAGGGAUGUUUGAACUCCGGUGCUUCCUUAUGUAUUCUAGACCUCCACAACUACGCACGAUGGAACGGUGGGAUUGUUGGGCAAGGUGGACCACCCAACGCGCAGUUGGCGGACGUUUGGAAGCAGUUGGCUCAGAAGUAUGGCAGUCAAUCCAAGAUUGCCUUUGGUGUCAUGAAUGAACCCCAUACCGUCCAGGAUGUCGUAACUGCCAUCCGCGGGGCUGGAGCCAAGAGCAACAUCAUCUUGCUGCCCGGCCAGGGCUACACCAGUGCCGAGACAUUCGUGUCGUCCGGCUCAGCGGCAGCUUUGAACACUGUCAAGAACCCUGAUGGCACCACCGCCAACCUCAUCAUGGAUGUACACAAGUACCUUGACAGCGACAACUCCGGCACCCACACCGAGUGCGUCAAGAACAACAUCGAUACUGCGUUCAAGCCACUCGCAGCAUGGCUCAAGCAGAACAACAGGAAGGCCAUGCUGACUGAGACUGGUGGCGGUAACACUCAGAGCUGUCAGAAGUAUCUGUGCGAGGAGCUGCAGUUCCUGAAUGCCAACGCGGAUGUCUACCUUGGAUACACUACCUGGGCUGCAGGUGGCUUUGAUUCCACAUACGAGCUCGUCGAGACCCCGACACAGAGCAAUGGAAAGUGGACCGAUACCGCUCUUGUCAAGUCGUGUGUUGUCGGCUCAUGGAAGAACACUUAG